AUGGCAGACAGACUUUCCCAUCCUUCAACUGACUUGGAUUGUCAUUCAAUCAAUCAGUCUCCGCUGAAACCAAUCACUUCUGAUUCUGCCAACAAGGACAAGGAUGUAAAUGAGUCCCGCAGUGAUUCUCAUCGUCAAAGCCAAGAUCAGCUUUCUGCUACAAGGCUCUCUUUAGUCACUGUAGCAAGUUCUUCUCUACAAGCUCCUGCCUCUCUUUCAAGUUCGAUACCCUCUUCUUCCCCUUCUCCUACAUCUGAUCCUACUGUUCUCAACCCAACAUCACUCUCUUUACGGACUCAGCCUUCUUCCAACUCGUCUUUAUCCUCGGUGAAUCCGAGUCAUCAUCUUAAACGCGCAUCAAAAAAAAAUCGGUCUUCUGGCUCUAUCUCUCUUGGAAUCAGCAAUCUUUUAGGUCCAUUUCGAUCUCCAUCUAAUAUCACCGCCUCCACUACAGACCGCAGUACAAGCAAUACUGAACUCAAUAAUCAAUCACGUACCGAUCAAAACGAGUCAAUCACCAUUGCUCAAUCGUCUCCAUCUGCUACUCCCUCUCCUGCUGCCUCUUCUCAAUCUCGGACUCUAGCUUCGGUGUCUUCUGUAGUGCAUUUAACCUCUUCUCAUCCUCCUCUCAAACCCAAGCGAGACUUUUUGGGGUUAGACCUUCAUCUUCCACCUCGUCUUAGUUCCUCUCAAGCCUCUAAAUCUGGGUCAUCAUUCCUUGCUUCUCUUAGCAGCAUAAACAAUAAAAGCCACAAAUCCUCUUCCUCGUCUUCUAAUUCCCCACGUCCCUCGACUGCUUCCUCAACUCUCUCUGGCACCCCAAGGCUUCGAAAUUCACAUCACCGCCUCUCAUUUCAGCCACCUACUAAGCUCAGCCCUCCACAACCUCUUCACCCGAUCGGUCGUUCGUUUGUCAACCCGAUUUCUUCACCGCAAGACCUCGUAAAGUCGAUCCCGUCAACAGUUCAAGAGACGUACAUUCCUCCCAGUGGCCUUUCGUCGUCUGUCAAGACCUUUGGUCAUCCUUUCGCCUCUCCUACUAAACCUCCCCGUUUGCCUACUUCCAUCUCAGCACCUCAUAUCUCUAGUCUUCUUCCUCAUAGCUCCUCAUUGGCUAAAUCACAACCUACUACAGAACCACCGGUACAUUGCCAGCUUACUAGUCCCACUAAACCUUUGACCAAAUCUGAUUUGAAGUCAAAUAAUCUCAACUUCAGCUUUCAGCCCACAGAGCCUAUCUUAUCUAUUCCUAAAGUCGAUCGCAACCCCCCGAACCCAGUUUCUCAUUCUCUCAACUCCAAAAUGCGAGCUAUGUUUGGUCGAAAACCGUCUGUGACUAGCACGACUAGUUCAUCUACGGCUUCAUCAAACCAUCCUACCAUAUCUCCACCGGUCCCGCAUCCCAAGUUCGAAAACAAAAAAUCUGAGCCUACAGCGGUUUUUGUUCGUGAUCAAGAUGAUGGGGAUGAUUGUCCGGUCUGUCUUGAAGAUCUCAAAAUGAGACUUCAAGGUGAGAAACCACAUGUGAUUCCUAGCUGUGGUCACAUAUUACACGCGUCCUGUUUCGAGGCUGUCUACGGCAACAUUGUCGAAGCUAGAAAAAGCGGUCAGAUUCUUGGUCUUUGUGGAGUCUGUCGGAAGGACAUGAGGCUAGGCGAUCUUGUCACAGGCGGUCCGGCUUCUCGUAACGUUCCCUCCAUGGCGGGACGCAUGGUCAGGUGUCACUCGCCAAAUGGUACCAUUUCCGCUGGCCCUGAUGCCACAUUAGGCAAAAAUACACGAAGCAAGUUUGCUGCCAUGGCUGGUCUGCAAGCUUCACCGGCAAAAGCGAAAGCAAACAGUGUGAAUCGGAAGCCAACAGCUGCAGUACCUGCGGUUCCAUACCACGAUAGUGCGGCAGAUAAAGAAGAGGCUUUAGAACCGGAUGAGGACGAUGAAUUGUUAAACAUUGCUGAUUCCCCUCUAUCUCGAAGCCAUGGCUCCAAUCCAUCAAGCCAGCAUCGAAAAUCGACCCAAAUCAUUCAACCCAACAUCUAUGCCAUCUCGGAGCUUUCAAGCCUUUCUCAACCGCAAGAUGCCAGACAAACGCAGCAUCUAACUUGUAUGGUGUCCAUCGAAAUUCCAUCUCGAAAUCCUGCACCUUUUCCUCCUACACCCACCUCUGCUGCCUAUUCUUCUCAAGCUUCACCUUUAUAUCAUCCAUCUCAAGCUGGUACAUCUGGUCCACUUAGUAGCGCAGGCAGUGCGUUUAGCUAUCCAGGCUUGGCGAGCGUCGCCUCACCUUGCGAUUCCGAACAUUCCGCUCACAACCGAAUGGCAAAUCCCCGUCACAAAGUAUUCCCAAAGGUCAAAUCUUCUCCAAACUUGGGAACCGCCAGUCUAGCUGAAAAGCCAAUCGCCGAGACAGCUGUGGCAGGUAACCCUCUUCAGCUAUUGGUGGAUGAUCUGAUCAAUCGCAUUCAAGACUGGAAAGGUCAUUCUCUGACGGACUUUGGAUCGCUCAAGUUGCAUGAUCGCAUUCAAGUCAGGAAGCAAUCGCACUCUCGCGAUUUUCUUGUCUAUCUUUUCGAAGAAGCCCUUCUAUGUGUACAUGAAGAAAAGCAAGCGAGACCAGCCUCCACCUCUGGUCCAAUCCUCUCGAGUAGACUAAGGCUUAAAGGUCGAAUUUACAUUCGACACAUGACCGCAGUUAUCGACUCUUCAUCCACAGUCCCAUUGACACUUACUAUACAGAUGCAAGAUGACAAUAUGGAUGUCUUUGUGAUGCGAUUCAAUGAUGCUGCACAACUCGAGUCAUGGAAGGCCAACAUUCAAUUACUCAUUGAUAAACACUUCCCAGAUCGUGCUCGCUUGGAAGGCCGAAUGCCGUUACCUCCUGUCCCUAGUCCUACGGCUGAUACGAUCACAAGUCCGAUUCUUGCAACUUCCGAGGAGACGUACGAAGUCCUGCCCGAGACAGCGACAAGCUCAGAGGGCGGUUAUGCAAGUUCGUCUUAUACAGCUUACACAAAGACGACCAACUUGACAUCUGCGCCGACACUUUACUCGGUGGGAGAAGAGGACGAUGGAAACGGCUCACAAUCCUAUCCAGCUCCUCGCCGACAGAGACGCUCGAUUGCCCAUAGUGUUUCAUACCGUCACACCACUCAAGAUAAUGAGCCGCGCCACUUGCCACGUACUCAGUCACCAUCUUACCCCACGUAUCACACUCUGAUGACCGAUAACCCUUUCAACAAUAUCGAGGAACUUCCUCCGAUUGAUCUCAUGUUGAUGAUCUCCAUCACCACCGCCAGCACAAAUUAUAUGCCCACCUCUUCGAAUAUGAAAUCAAGACUGAUCAAAGAGACCCUAGAGUUUGUAAUCCGACAUCUUCAUCCACGUUCACGGUUAAGUCUGAUUAUAUACUCGGUUGGAUCAGAUCAAAAGUCAGUUGGGAAUGAAAAGGGAGAGCCAAGACCACAAGAAAGUCAAUUGAAGAAGACACCUUUCCUAUGUGUUGGUAAAGAGUCAAGUCGUAGACGACUUGAGUUUGUGAUUGAACAGAUCGCACGUGGUGGACAAAGCAGUGGGAUCUUAAACCCACAGAAUGAGCGAUACUAUAGCGAAUUUGAACCGUUUUAUCGUCGAUCCCAACAAUCUCAGCAUGGUCAUUAUGGCGAACCUUUGGAACCUCCACCAAUCGAUUAUGAGAUGCUUGAGGGAAGUUUGAAGAUGAUUGAGAUGGCAGAAGAGAAAGUCUCAGUAGCGACCGCUAUGAACUUGGCGUAUGACAUCAUUCUACAACGUAAGCAAAAGAACCCGUUGUCGGGUUUCUUGCUCUUGCAUGACCAACGUGAUACGACGACCAAACCUCAGAUGGCUCUGGUCAUGACUCGGGCUGAGGCUGCAAAUGUGCCGGUACAUACGAUCGGUUGGGGCAAAGUCCAUAAUCCCUCAUGUCUUUGGCAGCUUUCAAAUCAUACUGGCGGUACUUAUACUUAUGUCAAUGAUCUGUAUGAGAUCAAGGAUACGCUUACAGGCUGUAUAGGUGGAAUGAUCUCGAUCGGAGCAACAAAUGCCAAACUUCAGAUCAGUGUACCAGAACAUCGAUGGUUUAAGAUGAAAAAGGUCACAGGUGUGAUGACCUUCGUAUUGUCAGCCAAUGGACAACAUGCGGAUAUCGAUUUGGGUGAAAUGCGAUAUGGUGAACGAAGGGAAAUCUUGAUUGAAGUGGAGAUGAGAGAUGGUGCAGUUGGAAUUGAAUCCUCGUCACCAGGCGGAGCGAAUAACCGUGGGCUUACUGGCACAGAUGCAUUCUUUAUGGAUAGUGUGGGAGGUUUGAAGGAGAUUGGAGGGGAUGGAGGAGUAGGAGCACAAGAUUUCUACCAAGCAGAAUUUGAUCAGCUAAGUGAUGACGUACCUUUGCUGGAAGUCGAUGCAUCUUAUCGAGAUCCGAUUGCUGGUAAGACUGUCAGCAGGCUGGUAAGACCGGUUCUGUUGAGCAUCACCAUCGUUCCACCUCAGCCCCUUGCCAAUCCUAGAGUAUCUACCGGUAACGAACCAGGCAUUGUACGACGACGGAUCGAGCUCCUAACCUCCGACUCACUCACUCGAGCUUUAGUCUUGGUAUCACGUCGUAUGGAGAGGCAAGCGAGUCGUUUACUCGAGGAAACUCGACACAUUGUUCAUACAGUACUUGGUAAUAUACAUAAUGGUAGUGAACGACCAAGGGUAGGUAGUCUCAAAGGAAAGAAGGCAGUAGAACAAAGUACAAUGAGAGAAGUCUUGACAGGAUGUUUAGAAGAUAUUGAAAUGGUAUUAGUAGUUAUAGAAGAUUUAGUGAGGAUAGUAGAGGAAGAUGAUGAAAAUGAAACCAAUUUAGCUAGACAUCAAUUUGAUUCAAAUGAACGAAACAUAGCUGCACAACAAUCAAUUGUACUUAAAAAUCAAUCAGCUUGGACGGGUAGAACAUUAACUGAGAAAAGUUUUUGGAAAGCCGAUCGAUCAAUGAUGUUUUAUUUAAAAUGCAUGCAUUCAACUUGAUCUCUUUUUUGAUUCAUUCAUUUAUUAUGCGUUACAUUAUAUACAAAUGAAGAUAGUGUGGAAGGUUGUGUGUGUGUUUAAAGUGUAUAUCUCUGAUACCUUUUAUCUAUAUACCCUUUGAUUUGUUUUUUUUUCUUUAAGAGGAUAAGCUUAAGAUGAAUGAUAUAUGUAUAUAACACAUGUUGUUCUUUUUUUCUUAUACUUCGUGUUGAGUGUCAUAGUCUUUAUUGUUUUUGUGAUUCUAUCAUUUACAACACUUUUUUGUUUUUUGUUUUGGUUUCUUUUUUUGCUCUUAUUUUCUGUUGUUUUUUUCGUUUGAAAGAUUUACAUAUUUUUAUUUAUAUUUAUACAAUCAAUGCUUGUGGGGUAUACAACAUGCAUAAAAGAACUAAAUUCUUAUUUUGAUCAAAUUCUCUUUGGAUGUAAUUUUUUUGUUUCGGAAUUUUCAUAUAAGAAAAGUUUGGAUACACAUGGAUGGAAUCGAGUUAAUGAAUUUGAAGUUGAGAAUUUC